GGUUCUCAGUGGACUCGGGCGCGGGGCUGACGAGCCGGGGGGGGCUGAGCUUUGUCACCGGCGCCCCCCGCGCCAACCACACCGGGGCUGUCGUGAUCCUGCGUCGCGACAGCGCCAACCGCCUGGUGCCCGAGGCGGUGCUACCCGGGCCGCAGCUCAGCUCGGCCUUCGGGCACGCCCUGGCCGUGCUCGACCUCAACAGCGACGGGUGGAUGGACCUGGUGGUGGGGGCCCCCCACUUCUUUGAGCGCCAGGAGGAGAUCGGGGGGGCUGUUUAUGUUUACAUCAACCCCGGGGGGCUCUGGGAUGCUGUGACCCCCCUGAGGCUCAACGGCACCCGGGGGUCCAUGUUUGGCACCGCCCUGAGCACAGCCGGGGACCUCAACCAUGAGGGCUUGGGGGACCUGGCUGUGGGAGCCCCUUUCGACGGCGCCGGCAAAGUGUUCAUUUACCACGGGAGCGCCCUGGGCAUCGUGGCCAGGCCGGCCCAGGUCCUGGACGGGGAGGCCGUGGGGGUCCCAACCUUCGGGUAUUCCCUGUCGGGGGGGCUGGACGUGGAUGGGAACCUGUACCCCGACCUGCUGGUGGGGUCCCUGUCUGACACCGUGGUGCUCUACAGGGCCCGCCCGGUGGUCCACGUGUCCCGGAACGUGUCACUGCUGCCCCCCACCAUCGACCUGGAGCAGAGCAACUGCCACCACCGGGAGGGCGUCUGCGUGGAGGUCCGAGCCUGUUUCAGCUACACGGCCAGUCCUGCGAGCUACAGCCCCCGCCUCGAGCUGGAGUUCGUGCUGGACGUGGACACCGAGCGCCGGCGCCGUGGCCAAGCCCCCCGGGGGUCGUUCCUGGGCCGUGGCCCCGCAGACCCCGAGCACCAGCUCUCUGGGACCCUGGAGCUGCCCCGGCAGCGCAGCCGGGCCUGUGUCACCUCCACCUUCCAGCUACACGACGGGAUCCGGGACAAGCUGCGGCCCAUCGUUGUCACCUUGGCCUAUGGGAUCCGGGGGCCUGGGGGGCACCGGGGGGGGCGGGGGGCUGUGCUGCCCCCCCUUUCCCCCGCGCUCAGCCCCCACCAGCCCAGCACCCACCGCGCCGAGGUGCAUUUCCUGCGCCAGGGCUGCGGGGAUGACAAGAUCUGCCAGAGCAACCUCCGGCUGCACUUCCAGUUCUGCGCCCGCCGCGGUGACAGCGAGUUCCUGCCCCUGCCCAAGGCCGAGGAUGGCACUGCCAUCUUCGCCAUGAGUGACCAGAAGGACGUGGCCCUGGAAGUCCUGGUGACCAACGAGCCGUCGGACCCGGCGGAGCCGCAGCGGGAUGGGGACGACGCCCACCAGGCCCAGCUCACGGCCACCCUCCCCCCGGAGCUGCCCUACGCGGCCCUGCGGCCCGACGAGGGCGGGGGGCUCGGGGACAAGCCCGUGCUGUGCCUCGCCAACCAGAACGGCUCCCAGGUGGAGUGUGAGCUGGGCAACCCCCUGAAACGCGGAGCACAGGUGCGGUUCUUCCUCAUCCUCGGCACCUCGGGAAUAACCAUCCACACCUCGGACCUGGCCGUGGAGCUCGUGCUGUCCACGAUCAGUGAACAGCCGGGGCUGGAGCCGGUGGUCGCUCGUGCCCGGGUGGUCCUCGAGCUGCCCCUCUCCGUGACGGGAGUGGCUGUGCCCCCCCGGCUGUUUUUCGGGGGGGAGGUGCGGGGGGAGAGCGCCGUGCGCAGGGAGAGCCAAGUGGGCAGCGCCGUCAGCUUCGAGGUCACGGUGUCCCACAGGGGACAGGCGCUGAAGACUCUGGGCUCUGCCUUCCUCACCCUGCACUGGCCCCACGAGCUGCCCAACGGAAAGUGGCUCCUGUACCCCCUGAGCCUGGAACUGGGCACCCCCCCUGUGCCCUGCAGCCCCUCUGCCAACCCCCUGCGCCUCACCCUGGAGCCACUGGGACAAGGUGACCCCCCCCAGGCAUCCCCCCCCCGAUCCUGGUGGGUCCCAGCGCCCUCAGAGAGGAGGAGGAACGUGACACUUGACUGUGCCCGGGGCACUGCCCGCUGCCGCCCGUUCCUGUGCCCGCUGCCCACCCUGGAGCGCUCGGAGCUGCGGGCGCGGGGCCGCCUCUGGAACGGCACCUUCCUGGAGGAAUUCCUGGAUGUCUCCUCGCUGGAGCUGAUCGUCCGUGCCGAGGUUUCCGUCACCUCCCCCAGCAAGAACCUGGUGCUCAAGGAUGCGGCCACACAGAUGUCGGUGUCCAUCCACCUGGACCCGGGGGUGGCAGUGGCGGGGGUCCCGUGGUGGGUGGUCCCGCUGGCGGUGCUGCUCGGGAUCCUCCUCCUGGCCCUGCUGGUCCUCGGGCUCUGGAAGGUGGGGUUUUUCCGCCGUGCCCGCCGUGCCCCCCCGGCCGUGCCGCAGUACCACGCCGUGCGGAUCCCGCGGGAGCAGCGGCGGCACCUCCUCGAGGGCAGGACGGGCACCAUCCAGAGGCAGGAAUGGGCCGCCAGCCCCGCCGAGCCCCUGGAUGGACGCGGGACCCCCAGCUCCGCAUAGACCCCCCACUGUGAAAUGGGGGGUGGGCACGGGGGGCACGGACAUGGAGUAUGGGGUGUGGAACAUGGGAUAUGGGAUACAGGACAUGGGUAUGGGGUAUGGGACGUGGACAUGGGAUACGGGACAUGGGACAUGGACACAGACAAGGGAUAAGGGACACGGACACAGGAUGUGGGACAUGGACAUGGGAUACGGGGUGUGGGAUAUGGACACAGACAAGGGAUAAGGGACAUGGACACAGGAUAUGAAACAUGGAAUAUGGCCAUGGGACAUGGACAUGGAACAUGGAUACGGGAUAUGGGACACAGAACACGGACAUGGGAUAUGGGACAUGCAACACGGGAUAUGGAACAUGGGACAUGAAACAUGGGACACAAACAGGGGACACAGGACAUGGAACACGGGAUUGUCCGCCCUGGCCGUGCUCUGGGGAUGGCAGCAGGAACAGGGGACAUGGACAUGGACAUGGAGCCUGGGAAAUGGAACCUGGGACACGGGACAUGGAACACGGGACAUGGGAUUUCCUGUCCUGGCCGUGCCCUGGGAAGGUCCCAGUGAGGCACCGGCUGUGCUGGAGCACCUGGGAAUGUUUGUCCUGGGAUGGGGCCAUCGGGCCCAUGGGGCACUUUGGCCCCACAGGUUCAGUUUGGUCCCAGGGGUCACUUCAGCCCCACAUGAAGGGUUUGGCCCCACACGGGGUCUCAACCCCCUGGGCUCAGCUCGGCCCCACAGCAACGUUCACCCCAAUAAAAGGUGCUGUUCCCCCA